AUGCCACUCACCCGUGAUUCUCAUUCAGUAAGCGUUCCCCAUGAACGACCACCACUUCCACCGGUUGCUUCGGAUUCGCCGAUGUUCGUUGAUGAUAGUCCAACGCAUUCAAUCAAGCAACACGAAGCCGACAGUUAUGCCCGUUUACUGCAAUUGAAUGUUUGUUAUGAUGCAAUGCCAACGAGCAGCAAAAUGGUUGUAUUUGAUAAGGAUCUUUUGAUGAAGAAAGCCUUUAAUGGAUUGAUCUAUCAGAAUACUCGUCAUGUUUUGAUUUCAAGCGGUGGUGAUGGAGGGAAGAUCUCGGGGAUCCUCUCGGUCACUGAUUUCAUCAGAGUACUCUUGAUGAAAUAUAGAGAGGUUAUGGGUGUGCCGAGUGAGCACGAAGUUGAUUGCAAUGACAUUGGAAAUAUGACUGUUCGACAAUAUAGAGACUUUGUCGAAUCAUCGGGAAAACUCUUCCAACUCGUCUCAAUUGAUGCCAAUCAAAGUAUCCUUGAAGCGGCUCGUCUUCUUGCGAAAUAUCGAAUUCAUCGUUUACCUGUAAUGGAUCCAAUAGAGGGCAGUCCUCUCUUCAUCAUCACCCACAAAAGAAUUCUCAAAUUUUUGUGGUGCUUUGGUACUCAAUUCUCUCUACCCGAAUAUCACGUGAAAACCCCUCGAGUGCUUGGAGUAGGCACUUGGGAAAACUUGAAAAUGGUCUACCCAAGCACUCCAUUGCAUGAAUGCCUCGAAAUACUCAGCACUCAGAACAUCUCUGGAGUCCCUGUUGUCGAUGAGGAAACAAAAAAGAUGAUCGGAAUGUACUCUCGAUUUGAUGCAAUCGCUAUUGCCACCGAUAAUGAUCCAAAUCGAUUGGAAAAAUCCGUUCAAUCAGCUCUUGACUUCAAGAAUUUUAACAAAAAUCUUGCCAGCAUGGUGGUGUCGAUCAACACAACGGAUACCUUUUGGACGGCCGUUCAAGUGCUCGUUGAUCGAAAUGUGCAUCGAUUGUGUGUUCUGAAUGAGCACCAACAAGUUGAAGGUAUCAUCUCAUUAGCCGAUGUGAUCAAUUACAUGGUGGUCAAGCCGGGUGAACAUCUACAAUCUCCGAAAGCACAGCACACACCCCGUGUACAACGAGUCGAGGAUAUGAGCAAUCAAGAACUCCGCCGUCUCCUCACAACCAACAAUCACGACCUCGAGCAACAAAAUGAAAUAAUUCAGAAA